GGCAAUCAUGGCCGUUGGAGCACCUCCGAUACGCCUCUCCUACCUUAUCCCGCCCACCCGCUGAGCCAGCCGCCCGUAGGCCGUGGGCGCUAUCAGUCAGGCCCAUCCUCUCUUCCGGCCCGCCUUCAGCAAGCGGCGAUUGGCUGAGUGGGGCGUCAGUGCAUUCGGGAGACCAAUGGGAAGCCCGGGGCGUGUGUGAAGAGGCGGCGCGCGCGCGGCGGCCGGCCCGGUGGUGGUGGUUGUGGUAGUGGUGGAGAAGGAAGCGGCGGCCGCAGCAGGAGGGGCCGCGACGGCAGGGGAGUGUCAGCAGUAGCAGCGGCGGCGGAAACGGAAGCAGCAGCGGCAGGAGGAGGAGGAGGAAGAGGCGGGCGAAGAGGAGGCGGUGGCGGCGGCAACGGCAGCGGCGCGCGCGCCUGCCUAGUCCCGGUCGCGAGGAGGAGGCGGUGGAGGAGGAUGUGGCGCGCGGAGGGGAAAUGGCCGCCGAAAACAAGCCGGAAGAUGAUCAUGGGAACAGCAAUGGAAGUCAUGUAAAAAUCUUUUUACCGAAAAAGCUGCUUGAAUGUCUACCAAAAUGUUCCAGUUUACCAAAAGAGAGGCACCGUUGGAACACUAAUGAGGAAAUUGCCGCGUAUCUAAUAACAUUCGAAAAGCAUGAAGAAUGGCUAACGACAUCCCCUAAAACCAGGCCUCAGAAUGGCUCCAUGAUCCUAUACAACAGGAAGAAGGUGAAAUACAGGAAAGAUGGAUAUUGCUGGAAAAAACGGAAAGAUGGGAAGACCACCCGAGAGGACCACAUGAAGCUGAAGGUGCAAGGAGUGGAGUGCCUCUACGGCUGUUACGUCCAUUCCUCGAUCAUCCCUACGUUCCACAGAAGGUGCUACUGGCUUCUUCAGAACCCUGACAUCGUGCUGGUUCACUACUUGAAUGUACCCGCCAUCGAGGACUGUGGGAAGCCGUGUGGCCCCAUUCUUUGCUCCAUAAACACCGACAAGAAAGAGUGGGCCAAAUGGACAAAAGAGGAGCUGAUUGGCCAGCUGAAACCAAUGUUUCAUGGCAUCAAGUGGACAUGCAGCAAUGGGAACAGCAGUUCGGGGUUCUCAGUGGAGCAGCUGGUGCAGCAGAUCCUGGACAGUCACCAGACCAAACCACAGCCUCGGACGCACAAUUGCCUUUGCACUGGCAACUUGGGCGCAGGUAGCAGCGUGCACCACAAAUGCAAUAGUGCCAAACACCGCAUCAUAUCACCAAAGGUUGAACCGAGGUCGGGCGGGUACAGCGCUCACUCCGAGGUGCAGAACAAUGACGUCUCUGAAGGCAAGAACGAGCACAGCCACGGCAAGUCCUCCAGCAGGGAGAAGAGGAAUGGCAAAGUGGCAAAGCCGGUGCUUCUCCAUCAGAACAGCACGGAGGUCUCCUCUACCAAUCAGGUCGAAGUUCCCGACACUACCCAGAAUUCUCCUGUGUCCAUCAGCAGUGGAUUGAACAGUGAUCCAGAUGUGGCAGACAGUCCAGCAGUCACUGGGGUCUCCAGCAUGGCCGUGGCCUCAGUGAUGGGCAACUUGUCACAGAGUGCCACAGUCUUCAUGUCGGAUGUUACCAGCGAAGGCGUGUACACCAUGUCGCCCACCACUGGCCCAAAUCAACACCUCCUCACUUCGGACACCACCGCGCAAGGACUGGUAUUGGCUGUGAGUUCAGAUGGCCACAAGUUUGCCUUCCCAACUGCCAGCAGCUCGGAGGGUCUGUCCAUGUUGCCUGCCAGUGUCUCAGAAGAGCUGGUGCUCUCUACGACGCUUGACAGCAACAGGAAAAUCCCAGAAACCACCAUGAAUUUUGACCCGGACUGCUUCCUUAACAAUCCCAAGCAGGGACAGACGUAUGGAGGAGGAGGCCCCAAAGGAGACAGCAUUGGCACCAACAUCAGGCAGUCGCCCACGACGGAGCGUGGGUUCAACUUCAGCGCGGUCCUCACCAAGGAAAUUAAAACCGAGGACACAUCCUUUGAGCAACAGAUGUCCAAAGAGGCCUUCUCUUCCUCUUCGUCAUCCAACUCGCUCACCCUUACAACCGGCUCCGGUUUGCUUCCCUCCGGAGGAGGCCUGAGCCCAAGCACCACCUUGGAGCAAAUGGACUUCAGUGCAAUUGACUCCAACAAGGAUUACGCCUCCAAUUUCAAUCAGGCCGUCCAGAGUCCCCACGUCCAUCAGACCCCUUCCCCCAGCUUCUUCCUGCAAGAUGCAAGCAAACCUCUCCCGCUAGAGCAAAACACCCACAACAACUUGAGUGACACGAGCGGUUCCUUCGUCAACCCUCUUGGGCUCCCCAAUGUGAAGACGGAGGCCUCCUCCCAAAACACCUCCAACUGCAAUGGCACAGUGGAGGCCCGGAUCGAGUCCACCUCUUCGCUUCAGCUCAUGCAGUUCCAGGCAAACUUUCAGACCAUGGCAGCAGAAGGGGAAGUUCCGAUGGAGACCUCACCGCAGGUGGAAGGGAACGAGAAUCUGCUGAAAUCAGGGGACCUCCAGACUUGCAGCACAGAGCACUAUAUGCAGCCUGAAGCCAACGGCACCUUGAGAAAUGGGAACAAUCUGCCUAUUCUCCAGGGGAACAUGGUGCAAGGCCUCUACCCUGUCGCCCACCCAGGCUUAAACAACUCCUCCAACAUGGAGCUGAGCUUGGACCACUUCGACAUCUCCUUUAGCAACCAGUUUUCCGACCUUAUUAAUGAUUUCAUCUCGGUGGAAGGCGGGAGCAACACCAUCUACGGGCACCAGCUGGUAUCAGGGGAGACUGCUGGGCUCUCACAGCCGGAAGACGGGAACCGGGCUUCCUACAGCCAGGCGGAGAUGUGCAUUCCGUGCUGCAGCCCCCAGCAAGCCAACCUGCAUCUCAGCAGCACAGAGAACGGGGCCAUGGCGUACAUGCAUGUGACAGAGGUGGUGUCAGCUGCUGCUGCGCAAGGCACACUUGGGAUGCUCCAGCAGAGCGGGCGCCUCUUCAUGGUGACAGAUUACUCACCAGAGUGGUCUUACCCAGAGGGGGGCGUGAAGGUGCUUAUCACAGGCCCAUGGCAGGAAGCCAGCAAUAACUACAGCUGUCUGUUUGAUCAGAUCUCUGUGCCUGCUUCCUUAAUACAGCCAGGGGUGCUGCGCUGUUACUGCCCAGCUCAUGACACCGGGCUAGUCACUCUGCAAGUUGCCUUCAACAACCAGAUCAUCUCCAAUUCGGUGGUCUUUGAGUACAAAGCGAGGGCAUUGCCAACGCUGCCUUCCUCUCAGCAUGACUGGCUGUCCCUGGAUGAUAACCAGUUCAGAAUGUCUAUCUUGGAACGGUUGGAGCAAAUGGAGCGAAGGAUGGCCGAGAUGACUGGGACUCAGCAGCACAAGCAAGGAGUAGGAGGGAGCAAUGGCAACGGCAAUGGAGGCAGUCAAGCACAGUGUGUCUCAGGGGCAGCCAGCUUGGGGAACUGCUUUGAGAGCCGUGUGGUGGUUGUGUGUGAGAAGAUGAUGAGCCGUGCCUGCUGGGCCAAAUCCAAGCACCUCAUCCAUUCCAAGACUUUCCGGGGAAUGACUCUCCUGCACUUAGCAGCUGCCCAAGGCUAUGCUACCCUCAUCCAAACCCUCCUCAAAUGGCGCACGAAGCAUGCUGACAGCAUCGACCUGGAGCUGGAAGUUGACCCCUUGAAUGUGGACCAUUUCUCCUGCACUCCACUGAUGUGGGCAUGCGCCUUGGGCCACAUGGAUGCAGCUGUGGUCCUGUACAAGUGGGACCGCCGUGCCAUCUCUAUCCCCGACUCCCUUGGGAGGUUACCCCUGGCUAUUGCCCGGUCCCGGGGCCAUGUGAAACUGGCUGAGUGCCUUGAGCAGCUGCAGCGGGAGGAGCAAGCCCAACUCCAACAAGACCCCCGGAUCCCUUCCCCUUCAAAUGAGGAGCCCGGCAGUGAGACCUGGAUCACACAGUGGCACAGUGAGAUUGUGGCCUCUCAAGAGCCCCACAAGGGAGUCACCGUGAUUUCCAAUUGCAAUACAGAGUUGAGACGGCCUCGGUCUGAGCCCUCCAGUUACUACAGCAGUGAGAUUCAGAAGGAUUACCCAGCACCCAAAAAACACAAACUGAACCCUGAAUAUUUCUCUGCUCGGCAAGAGAAGCUUCUUUCCACAGCACUCAGCCUGGAGCAGCCAAGUGCCCGGAAGCUAAGCUCCAGUGCUAAGCAAUCCAUCCCUGAGACAGUCGGCCCCAGGCAGGGGGUGAGGGACUAUGCCCGGGAGCUUGUCCCGGAUGUGGCCGGGUACCGCAGUUCCAGUGGGCAGGCAGGGAUCAAAUGGAACCCAAAGGAAGCUUAUGGUGGUGUCUCUGCCGUGCAGAUGACAGGCAGCCCUAAGGGGCUGGUUCUAGGGAAGGACUUGGGGGCCCAGCGGUUGCGUCAGCGGGAGCAGAUGAGCAUGUUGAUGAUGGCAGACCGGGAAAUGGCAGAAGCCGAAAUGCUCUCUUUCCGGAACAGUUCAGAAAGCGAGGACUGCUUGCACCACAUGGACGAUCUGCAAGUGACCAUGAUGACUCUGGCAGAGCACAUAAUUGAAGCCACACCAGAGAGGAUCAAGCGGGAAAACUUUGUGCCAAUGGAGACACCACUGGUAGAGAGGACGGAGAGUGCUGCCAUUAGCACCUCAAUGAGCUGGCUGGCCAGUUACCUUGCGGAUGUUGACCAUUUACCAAGUGCUGCUCAAAUAAGAAGUCUGUAUAGUGGAACCCUGACCCCUUCUUCCAACACCAGCCUGAGCCCUGCAAGCUCACCAGUCAAUGAAAUGGCUUUUGAAAAGCCCAGCCUCCCUUCAGCAACUGACUGGUCGGAAUUCCUAAGCGCCUCCACCAGUGAGAAGGUUGAAAAUGAGUUUGCGCAGCUGACCCUCUCUGACCACGAGCAGAGAGAACUCUACGAAGCUGCCAAACUUGUCCAGACAGUCUUCAGGAAAUAUAAGGGACGGCCCCUCCGGGAGCAACAGGAAGUGGCCGCUGCUGUCAUUCAGCGUUGUUACCGAAAAUACAAGCAGCUUACUUGGAUAGCCUUGAAGUAUGCACUUUAUAAGAAGAUGAUUCAAGCUGCCAUCCUGAUCCAGAGCAAAUUCCGAAGCUACUAUGAGCAGAAGAAAUUCCAGCAGAGCCGGCGAGCUGCUGUGCUGAUCCAGCAGUUCUACCGCAGCUACAAAGAAUGUGGCAAGAGGAGGCAAAGUCGCAGGACGGCUGCCCUCGUGCAGCAAAAGCUCAGAAGCAGCUUGCUCACCAAGAAGCAGGACCAAGCUGCUCGCAAAAUCAUGCGGUUUUUACGACGCUGCCGCCAUAGCCCUCUGGUGGACCAUAGGCGGUACAAAAGGGAGCGGAACGCUUUCGAAGCACAAAUCUGUGUGUUAAGUUGCAGGCCGCACACUCUGGGGUGUCUCUCUUAUUGGGCCUCUUUCUCUUUUUGUUUUGCAACCCAAAUGAGAGAUCUGGAAAGAGGAAAGAGCCCCCAUUUCCUAAAUUACCCACGAACCAUUUCUGCUCUAAGAGCAACAGAGUGAAAGAAUUGAGAAAGGCCAAGGAACCUGAAGAUAGAGACGGCAGCAUCCCGUAGCAAUGUGACAUUGCUUUUGACUGUUUUCAUUUUCUGUUUUUAGCAGAAACAUGCAACAACAAUUACAAAAUGAUUUAAUUAUUAAAAAAAAGAAACUGACUGCAGGGCCGAGAUUAUCGGCUGCAGGAUUUUAACAGUAAUGUUUAGUCAUUACAUUUGCACUUUCAUGGACAACUUUUAAUUUGUUCAGCAAGACAUCUUGGAACUCAAAUCUUUGGUUGGAUCAUGGGGGGGUGGAAAGGUGACACCGGAAGGAGUUUUCAUGAGUUGCUUCGUUCCGCUCAAAAAAAGAGAAGGGGAAAAAGAAGCAAUUAAUUAUCCUUUCCAUAUAGGGCUGUAUUAAAACAAAACAAAAAAACGUGUGGAACUGUACAAAUAGUAUACCAAAAAAAGCAAAAACCCACAACCCAAGAAUGCUAUACCUGCUCCUGCCAGUCACCUCCAAGAUCCAGAAACGUUGGGAUUCUCCGUGGAGAGGCUUUGAUCACCUUCCGUCUUGCUUGCGUCCAUCCCCUUCUCCAUUUCCUUGCACGUCUGUCUUUCUGUUCUUCAUCUGAAUCUCUCUUUACAACACACUCUAAUGCAACUUUUUAGAUCUGCUGGUUUUAAAUACAUCCCGUGGGAGUUUUUCCUGAAAGCUGUCAGUGUUUUUAAGGCAAACGGGUAUUUGCAGGGGGGUGGGGGUGGGGAGAGAAUGGGUGAGCAGCUCAAGCAAAAAGUUCCUUUUCUUGGUGUCUUUAUUUUUUUCCUCUCUAGGGCCUUCAAGAAUAUCAACUGCCAUGCACUUCUCAUAUUAGGCACUUUAUUUUCUGGCCUUACUUCACAUGAGAUUUUUACUUAUUUACUUAACAAUGAUUUGUAAAGCAUUUUAGUAACCUGCAGACCUCUUGUGCGACCGAAAAAAGUCAUGUGCAAAUAAGCUGACUGGACAUUUAGACCACCUAAGGGGGGCAGUGUGGUGCUGCAUUCCGGCCAGUAAAUUUCUUGUUUUGGCUAUUUCAUCAAACAAAAAGAAAAGAAAAUUUAGGCAGUUUCUGUAUAUAGAGAGAAGGUAAAAAAUGGAAAUGAGAAAUAUUUGAAAGGGAAUAUAUUGAUUAAUUGCUAAAUAUUUUAUUCACAAAGGGUCAAUAACUUGGUGAGAGAAAUUUGAUUAUUUGUAUAGUUUUGUCUGAAUGAAAGAGCAGAGUGUGGAUGUAUUGUUUGUACAUAUUGUAUAUACUAAACAGAUGUGCAUGAAUUCAAGGAAAAAAAGAAAUGAAAAAGCAAAGCAUUAGUGGCUAUGGUCUGUAAAAUGAAACAAAAACUUUAUUUCACUAUAAGAAACUUUAUUUUAAAUGUUCUUUAGAAGAACAUUUUGCUAAAGCAUGACUAAAACUGCAAAAACAAAAGAGCUAAUGUAUUUAGACUUAGGAAAAAGGCAAAGUAACAUUACUUUUAAAAAGGAUAUGUUUACAUUUGAUUUUGGCUACCAGGAGUUUAUUUAAAUUUUAUUUUAACCUUCUUGGGUUUUUAAUUUUUUAAAAAAAAUUAUUUCUCCUUUUUUGCCAAUGGUGCCAAGUAAAGUGAAUGCUAAUAUUGCUUAAGAAAAAAAUUAAGUUAUUUUGCAAAGCAGAUAAUCAUAAGAAUACAAAAUUGUAUCUAGCUUAACACCAUACACACACUCCAAUAAAGAACACUUAGAAUGAACAUAAACUAAAAAAAAGAAAAAAAGAAAAUAAAAAGAAAUAGUAUUAAAGUAGAAAAAUGUUUCACAUGUCCAUAUUUCCUACUGGAAGUCAGACAAUGUACUAAAAAAAUUGCACAAAAAUUUUAAAAACGUAAAAAAAAUUAAAAGAUGCAAACAGGUUUGUAGGGGUGUCAUGGUAUAUUGCUAUUUCCACAUAGAGAGGAGCCAAAGAAAUCAAUUUUAAAUUAGCCGUUUCAAUAUUAAAGCUAAUGUGAAAUGUAGACCACGGGGAGGGGGCAGAGCCUAAUUUUCAAACCUUACUCUGCUUUGUCUGGAGUGUUUUGGCUUUUGACUGGAUGUAGCUAAGGUCAGAGGUGGACACUGCCUCCCCCCCACACACGUGUCUCUUGCUAAUGUUCCAAGUGGGUUGAUAGGUCUUACCUUUUUAGAUGCUUGAUGUAUGAACACUCACUCUUGCUUGACCCCAGCUAUCAGGUGAAAUGUUUUAGUCUUGCUCAAAAGGCUUGUUGUGAAGCCUAAAAAUACUCACAAUUCUGUGAAGCUUUUAAACUGGUGUCUUUAAAAAAAAUUAAAACACAAAGAUAGUGGCAAAAAACCCAACCUGGGGUCAGUGCUCUUGGUGCCUUUUCUAGUAUAAUUGUAUCUCUUUUAAUUACCUUCCUUUCACUGCCAGGAUUGAAAAAAAAAUAACCCUUAUGUGUGGUGAAGCUUGUCCUCAGAACUCUCUGUACAUUUGUUAAUUGCUGCUGUCUGGCCCGAUUCAAUAAAACAAAAGAUGCCAAAGGAAUUUGGCUCCCGUGCUGUGGGCAGAGGCAGCCUCAAACCACACAAGGAUUUUAUUGAACGAGGCCCUUGCACAAGAAGUAUUCCAUACACAGGAAUGAGAAUCUGCAAGGAAGCUCUUUGGAAUACUCUGACAGAACUGACAUUUGACAAUGGUACGCUCUCCGUCUACUUCUGUAGUAACGUUAUGAGCAGAGAUCAUUGCUUUUUUUCCUUUUUUUUUUUUUUUAAAAAAACCUAACAAGAGUAAUGACCCCAGUGGAAAAUUUCAGUCCCGUUUCUGUUUGUCCCAAGGGGUUUCAGAUUCAGUGCAAUACUGAAGUGUUUUCACCAUUAACCCUUCCAGAUCCACAGGUUUGGUGGUGCAUCGACCCAUUGGCAGUCUGACCCUCAAUGUGCUCUGCUGGAGCAAGUCCCAUGGCAAAGGAGGCAGCUUGCGCCUGCAAGGCAGCUUGAGGUUCGCAGCCAUAGUCCCUCCCCCAGUUUCACAGAGAGCUCAGGGGUCCACUUGUCUGCUUAAAGUUUGACAUGUGCCAAAAUGCCUUGCUGAAUUGGGGCUGUGACUUUUUGCCACAUCAGUGAGUGACCUCUGGCACGUUCUGCUUAACAACAGUCCCCAAAUUAAUAUCAAGUAUUUCUGCCUGCCCUUACCUUGGUUGUGGGACUUGGUUAGUAACAGGGAAAAACCCAGAUGGGCAUCCGGGAUAACCAGGCUUCCCAAGCAGCAGGGCCCAGCAUCCUUUUGUGUCUCCUGAAAAACUGGAAUUGCUCCUUUGUGUGACAUCACCUGUGAGAAACAAACCAUACUGUGUGAACGAAAUAAAGAAUAUAACAUGAACCCCCUCCAUGGUUGCACGCUUCAUGGCAGUUCCACAGAGUAGUUGGCGCCCAAACAGAGGGGAGGGGGGUCCCCCAAGACUUGCAUGUCAAACUAGUAUAGAUGUCUCUUUUGUAAGUUUUAUUUUUGUAACUGCAUGUAAAAGCAUCACUGAAUCAAUGGAUCUGUUGAAGAACUCAGCUGCUGGAACCAUGCAAAAUGUUUUGAAUUGCCCUUAAAAUAUGGAAAAUGUUUUCUGAAUGCUUUAUAUUCUUUCUGCUGUAAAUUAAAAAUGAAGAAAAUUUCCCCA